AUGCUGUCACUAUGGCCGUCGUCAGGCGCAUCUGCUAGCACAUGCUCAUCUGCGGCGUCCUCAUCGCGCAGUGGCUCGUGCUCAUCAUCAGCACCAGCAGCAAUCGCUAUUGCUUCCUAUCCAGUUCGGUCAUCAGGGUCGCAGUCAAUCGACAGCAUCGCAUUGUCAUCGUCGCCAGGUAGCGAUUCGAGACUCACUGUGUGGUCUGUCGUCGAGCAGUCUUCCGGCGUCAUGGCGACAGUUCUCUCCAACCCGAUCGGUGCUGCAAUAGCUGGUGUAUCAGCAUCAUCGCUCUGCGGACUACUCUGGUGGCGCUAUUUCCGUCGUAUUCCAAACGCAGAAUACGUCACGCCUGCAGUACUACGCUACCGUAAAGUGCUUGUUGGUCGCGUAGUCACCGUGGGCGAUGCAGAUGGCUUUCGAUUCCACCAUACUCCGGGCCUACCAUAUCUCAGGGAUUGGCUCUACCCCUGGCCACCUCGAACGAAAAAGCGAAGCGGCGGACGGUCGAAACUCGUUCAAGAGACGAUAUCUGUGCGAAUCGCCGGAGUCGACGCACCAGAAAGCGCACACUUUGGAAAGCCAGCACAACCUUUCAGCAAAGAAGCAAAACAGUUGCUCACUUCGAUGGUGCAAUCUCCCUCUUGCGCGAACAACCUCACGCCUCCCGCAAAAUCUUCCUUCUUCUCGACAUCUUCAACAGCGUCUCAUCGCGUCUCGACGACAAACUCGAACGAGGUCUCGACAAAGCUCGUCUGGCUCUAUCCUUCGCACGUUGAUCAAUACAAAAGACUCGUAGCCACACCCUACGUUUGGAAUGCGCCCUACCUCUUCGGCAAGACAAAUGUCUCCUUGGUUAUGGUGAAACAAGGCCUAGCCACCGUGUAUCGAGCAGCAGGGGCAGAUUACGGAAAAGCUACAUGGUGGGCCAAAGUGUGGCGCAAAUCGACUACAGGGUUGAAUGCAUUGGAGAGGGCAGAGGCGAAAGCCAAGAGGCAGAAGAUCGGCAUGUGGAGCUUGGGCAAGAAGUUUGAAAGUCCCGAGGAGUACAAGCGUCGGACCAGGGGCGAGUCAUAA